AUGUCGCUCUCUGCGAAGCAGCUUCAGCGCUGUAUCCUCUUGGGAUAUCAGCUCGCUACCUUCUUCGAGUUCGAGGACCAGCAUAAGGAACUCGAGACCCCUGAGCUUCAGCGUCAGCUUCAGCGUCUUACGGCAGACUACGACAUCCCUAAGCUCCCAAAAGAGAACCCUUUCCCUUCUGACUGGCUCUUGCGUCCGGAGCUUGUUAAGGCUAUCAAGGAGUUUCGAAAGCUGUUCGACAAGAUCCCUGCGUCAGCCGACUCAGCGGAAUCUUCCCAGCUGCCAGACCCGACUCCUCAGCCGCCUCCAAUUCGGCCUCGUCAGACGCAGGCUCAGUCUCAUUCAAGCCCGGUCACCCCGACACCUUUCAUCUCUCGACCUCCAUCGCCACACUCUACAUCUGAAGAAUUAACCGACCUGAGUCUCGAAUUUGGCCGAAGUGGAAGUCCUGACCGAUCUCCUCAUUUCGAGUUCUCUCCCCAGACCCUUCAGGAUCCCCCACCACCCCCACGGGACCCAAUGGAGAACACACGCCCUUUCGCCAUGUCGGAGGCCCAGAUCGCUGCUAUUGUGACUGACGCAGUGACGCGUGCCCUCGCCCGCAAUGCCGACGAGGUUCGUACUAUUGUCGACGACGUCGUCACUACUCGUCGUGACGAACUUCGCGGUCCUGCAGGUCGUGAUGGCCACGACGCUCCCCAAGGCAACAGUCAUUGGAAGUCGGAUGAUGUCGGCUACUUCACCCCCGACUCCUCGUCUGACGUGCACGUCCGUACCACGAAGGGUACGACUUAUUACCUGAAUGUUUACGCCUUCAUCAAUCAGCUUAAGGCCCUGGUCCCCUUGAAGUCUGAGGAAGUCGUACGUGCCAACUUACCCUCGUGCCUCCGCGAAGCAGCUGCCCGUUGGUACAGUGCAGAGCUCUCCGAUGAAGAGCGUCAGGAUUUGAGUGUUCGCUCCCUCCAACUCGGCUGGUAUGCCACCCUCGAACGCCGCUUCAAGCCUCGUCCGACAGAAGCGCUUACCAAGGUCAUGUCUCCUUCCUCCGUCUACUCGUGGCGUGAUGUACGCGCUGGACGCAGUGUCACCGAGUGGGCACAGAAUAUGUUACGUGAUGCCCAGGCGGCUGACAUGACUGGCACUACAACCCUUCUCCGUCUCGUCUGGACCCGCCUGGAGCCCGCCCUCCAGCGUGAUAUCCGUGAACCUACCGCGGCAACCACAAUCUCCCAGUUCAUGGCAGACCUCGAUCAGCGCUAUGGCCAGUGGUACGAGAUGUCUAAGCGCGCGCGACCGCGUCAGACACAACCCCAGCCCGCGCGUUACCAAGGUCAGCAACAGCGAGGCCCUCAGUUCGGUGGUCCCCGUUACGGCAAUGACACUCGUUACGGUGGCCCCGGUUUCAGAGCUCAACUCCCCUUCCGUCCCAAUUACCCAGGAACUGACACUCCUCAGCUUACGUGGAAUCCGAAUCGUGACUCCCAGCAACAGCGACAACCGCAAUGGGAUGUCUCCGUGCCCCCCGCGAAUACGCCACAGACACAGGGUCAGCGUCCGUCAUACGCGCCCCAACAGCAAAAUCGUCCAUUCCAGGGACAGUAUCAUUCGCGUCCGCAACAACAGCAACAGCAGCAGUCGCCGCGUGACCAGUCUCGUACAAACCAAGCCGGUCAACUUCUUCUUGCUGAUAAGCCAUGGAACCAAGCUGGCUACUCCAACACGGGCUAUGCGGCUCGUCAGCCACGCGAUGGCACUCGUCCAUGGGGUCGUCCACAGACCGCUGCCUAUAUGGCAGACCCACAGGAAGUUCCCCCUUCAUCCGACGCGCCUGCUCCAUCUGACCAGCCCGAGGCUAACAUGGCUAACGUCGCUUUCUAUGACGGCGAGCGCAUUUAUGACCCACAGGCAGAUGCGUACUACGCGGAUGACGAUUACACCUCCUACGCCGAAUAUCCUCCAGAGGAAGAUCCACAGGCAUACUGGCAGGCGCCGCCUUUUCCUGACGACACCGGCGACCAGCCAUGCUACAACGUGGUAGCUGAUGAGGCUGAGCCAACUGUUACCUGCCUUCACUGUUUGACGAGCUUCGUGUCUAACAACAAGCUCCACGCCCACCUCAAGGAUUGCGCCCCGAAGCGUACUGCUGCCGCUGUCGAUGACGAGACGGUCGCGUACUACGUCUCCCCUCAGGCUACAGAGAGCCCAGAUGCUCUCCCGCAGGACCUUCCGGUCAUCACGUCUGACAAACCUCGCACUUCCCAGCCCGGUAUGGCAUAUAAGACUUGGCGCUAUGCAUCGACCGUCGUCGGUCUCACCAACCAACAGAAGCUCCUGGUCGCUUGCCUCGACACCGGUUGCGUCAUGACUAUUAUUGAUGCGGAUCUUGCGAAGUCACUGAACCUUCCGCUGCAGAAAUGCACACCUGUUCCCGUCGCCGGCAUCGGCUCCCGCCACCUCUCCUCCGCUUUUGUCACAUUUGACGUCUACUUCAGGGGUGCGGACAACGCGGCUCGCAUUCAGGUCGAAGCUCACCUGGUGGAAAACCUCAAGGCGAAGCUCCUCAUCGGUAUGGACAUCAUGGGUCAUGAAGGUUUCCGUUUGGACUUCGACACCAAGACUGUCAGGAUCCCGUCUUGCAUGAACCUGUCAGUGCCCAUUUCCACACAUGCUAAGCCACACCAUGCUGCGCAACGCGCGGUCUAUGCGGCCGAACAUACAGUCAUUCCUCCUCGUUCAAUCAUCCGCGUUCCCACGCGUGUUCAGACGACGCUACCCGAGGACCGUGACUACGUGUUUGAAGGGCGCCAUCACCAGGCUGCUUUCUAUUCUCACCUGGUCGACGCCAACUUCGCUUGGGUCCAAGCUGUCAAUGACACUGGUGAGCCAGUCACCGUUCAUCGCCGCGACCGCAUUGGCACUCUGUAUGAAGCGGAUAUGCCCAUGGCUUGUGCGGUCCAGCCUGAGGUCGCCGAACUCGGUCGCUCGCCCACGGAAGCAAGCCCCGCUCAUGAGGGCCUGCGUCAUACCCAUGACGAUGGUGUCCGACUCCCAAACGGUGUCACCUUGUACGCUGGCCUUGCUCCGGAUCUGAUUCAGCAGCUUACCGACGUUCUUAUGGCGUAUGACGUGUGGGGCGACCACCCCGGUGUCGUCGACAUACCCGAGGACCAAUGGAUGACUAUCCCCCUCGUCCCUGGCUGGGAGUCCAAGCUGCCUAAGUCGAAGAUCUACCCCCUUGGCCCGAAGGACCGUGCUGUGGUCGAUGAAGCCUUUCAGCCUUUGCAUAAUCAAGGCAAGAUGAGCUACACGACGCAGCAUACGGCCACUGGCUUUCCAGUUUUCGUCGUCUGGCGCACUGUCCAUAAACCCGGCCGCGAGCCUGAGCGUAAAGGCCGCGCCGUUGUCGAUCUCCGACCGCUGAACAAGGUCACUGAGCGCGACGUCUAUCCGAUCCCUACGAUGGACGACAUCAUCCUCUUGACGCAAGGCAAGCGGUACAUCACUGUGUUGGACGCCGCUAAGUUCUUUUACCAAUGGCGCAUCCGACGCGAUCAUCGCGGUCGUAUCUGUGUCGUGUCACACAGGGGCCAGGAGAUGUUUCAUGUCGCUAUCAUGGGCUUCUGCAAUAGCGUGCCUUACGUACAACGGCAAAUGGACCUUCUUCUGAAGGAGUUCGUCGACUUCUGCCGAGCAUAUCUUGACGACCUUGUUGUCGCAUCCGCUGCGUUUGAUGAACACCUUCGCCACCUCUCUAUGGUUCUUGAAGUGCUCGAGCGACAUCACGUCUCGCUUGAGCCGUCAAAGGCCUACGUGGCUUUCCCCGAGGUGUCCCUGCUAGGCCAGGUUGUCGAUGCCUUCGGUAUGUCCACCCCCGAGGACAAGGUCAAGGCUAUUGCGAACCUGCAAUUUCCUGUCACCCUCCGUCAGCUGGAGACUUAUCUCGGCAUGACUGGCGCCUUACGUCAGUACGUCCCCUUCUAUGCCCAGAAGUCUGAGCCCUUGCAAAUCCGCAAGACAGAGCUUCUGCGCGGCAGUCCAGUCAAAGGCCGACCCCGUCAGGAGUGGUCAUCCCGCACACGCUACACGCAUCCGACGGAGCGCGAGCUCGCCGCCUUUGACGCUAUCCAAGCAGUCUUCCAGGACCCGCAGUGGCUAGUGCAUUGGGACCGCACUCGACGUCUCUACUUCGACAUCGAUUCUUCUCAGGAAGGCGGUCAUGGCGCUAUGGUCUUUCACGUCAAGCGCAGCUACAAUCACACCAAUUUUAAGGCAGUUCCUCCAUCCACUGCUGUCGAACCAAUCUUGUUCCUCAGUCGUCUCCUCACACCAGCUGAGAAGCAUUACUGGUCGACUGAGUUGGAAGUGUCCUGCAUCGUUUGGGUGGUGCGUAAGAUCCGGCACAUGAUUGAAGCCGCCCCGGAUGACCUUACACCCGUCGCUUACACUGACCACAUCGCCACGAUCAAUUUGGCUACAUCGUUGUCUUCCUCGUCCCCGGACCGCAUGAACCUCCGUCUGGUCCGCGCAUCCCAGUACUUACAACAGUACCGCCUUCUGGUCUACCACAAAGCUGGCAAGCUUAACUGUGUCGCCGAUGCCUUGUCUCGGUUGGCAGCCGUGGACAAGGCUGAACCCCGCGAGGAUGAUGACCUGGACGCCCUCUAUGUCACAACCGCGUCGGACCUGCAUCUUCCCGGCGCGGCCGCUACGUGGGAUGUCCCCGAUGAGGCAUACGCUUUCCUCACGUCCUGUGUCCAGCUUUCCGAUGACUUCAAGUCUCGGGUUCGUGCGGCCUACGACAGUGACCCCAAAUGGAGCCUCGUGCUCGCCGAGCUUGAGCGCAUCGAACGCGACCCCGAUCCAGUCAAACCGCGUCUGCCGUAUGAGGUCGAUGACGGCCUCCUGUACUCAAAGCAGGCCGACGGUGAUUUCUGGCUCUGUAUCCCCGACUCAAUGAAGAAUGACAUCUUUGAGAUCGCACACGGCGAAGGCCACCUUGGUUUCCACCGCGCCUGGCAGAAAAUGAGGGGCUUCGUCGUACACAAGGGCGCGAAGAAGCUACGCGCAUACAUUGACCAGUGUGAUGAAUGCAGGAAGAAUGCAGUGCCACGGCACAAGCCAUACGGCUCGCUCCAACCGAUACUUGCCCCGCCUAUGCCCUUCCACACGUUGACUAUCGACUUCGUCACCGGCCUGCCUCGGACAAAGAAGGGCUUUGACGCCGUCGCUAUAUACACAUGCAAAUCAACGAAGCGCCUGGGUUCGACGCCAGGUAAAAAAGACUGGACCGGCUUCCAGUGGGCCACAGCUGUCCUUCGCGACCUCCAGAAAGGUGACUGGGGAGUACCGGUUGUGUGGAUCUCGGACCGUGACAAGAGGUUCGUCACCGGCUUUUGGAAAGGCCUCUUCACUGCACUACGUACGAAGCUUCUGUACACCGCGGCCUAUCAUCCGUCAGCCGACGGUCAGUCAGAACGUUCGAACCAGACUGCGGAGAUCUGGUUGCGACACUGGCAGAACCUCCACCAGAACGUCGAUUGGGAUGAAGGGCUUGCCCCGAUGCAGGCUUCACUUAAUGCGUCCGUCAACGCUUCCACUGGUGACACCCCCCAUCGACUGAUGUUCGGUGUCCACCUCCGUAUGCCGUGGAACCUGCUCCGUCACGCAUUCGUCGGAUCACCCCACGCGGCACGACAGGAUGCAGAUGAAUGCGCCAAGUACGCUGCGAUGGUUAUGAAGAAGCAAUACGAUAAUCGCCAUAAACCCAUCUUUUUCAAGAAGGACGAUUUCGUGUACCUCAGGCUGCAGCAGGGUACGGAUCCCGGGUACGUCUUACCCACUCGCGAUAUCACUAAGAAGCUCACCCAACGUCAUAUCAAAUGUCGGGUGCUCGAGCGGGUCGGCCGUCUUGCGUAUCGUCUUCAGCUUCCGCCACAGUUCGCAGGAGCUCAUCCCGUUGUUUCUGUCGAGCACCUGGAGCGCGCUCCUGAGGAUAGCGAGAUGCCUCCCACACAGCCACCGUCUACGUUUGACCCACGCUUUCCCGAAGAUACCGAUCGUGCUGACGUCGACGCCGUCCUUGAUAUGCGCUCCCGCGGCCGCGGUCGCAAUCGUCGGAAGCAAUACUUGGUUCGCUGGUCGGGUGUCGGCAAUGACCAUCUCGAGUGGCUGGACGAAGGUAACCUCUUGGGUGCUGAAGAGAAAGUUUUCGAGUAUCUCCGAGAUGUCCUGCAUCACGAGCAGGGCUCUAACAAUUAG